CGGUCUUCACAUAUUACGCACGACGUUAGGAGUUCCCUCGCUUACACCAUGAAAACGCCCCUCUCCCGUCCUCCUAGCCCUCCGUGCGACUGUUAGCUAUCCCUGCCGGCUUGUGCCUGUCUGCUGUCCCAGCCUGCAGGGCUACAUCUGCCGUGACAGAGAGAGGGAGUGCGUGAGAGAGAGAGAGAAAGACGCUCCGGGGCGGUGGCGGCGUCCCUCUUCCCAGUCUCUCGCAAUCUCAAUGACCAGGAUCCGGACUGAAGCUUGACACCGGGACCUGCCAGGACAGGACUGUAAUCCAUUUCUAUGACAACAGAGAAGGCUUUGGCUGGGGAAAUGAAGACCGCAAUGGAGGGUGACGCCAGGAGAACCAAUCAGGUUCCGGAGGACCACGGGGAGCAGGAUGAUAGCUCAGAGAAGACCCCCAGCAAAGCCUCCAAAUCCCCCCAGAAAAGUACCAAGAGGCCCAAGACUGUCCCAGUUAAAAUCACGCUACUCGACGGCUCCGACUACGAGACUGGUGUCGAGAAAUUUGCCAAGGGCCAGACCCUGCUGGACAUGGUGUGUGGCCAUCUGAACCUGCUGGAGAGGGACUACUUUGGCCUGACUUUCCAGGACACGGACAACACCAAGAACUGGUUGGAUCCUUCCAAAGAGAUUAAGAAGCAAAUUCGGGUUGGUGCCUGGAUUUUUGGGUUUUCUGUCAAGUUCUACCCUCCGGACCCAUCUGUCCUCAUUGAAGACAUCACCAGGUACUACCUGUGCCUGCAGCUGAGGGACGACAUCCUGUCAGGUCGUCUCCCGUGCUCGUUUGUCACCCAUGCCCUUCUGGGUUCCUACACCGUCCAGGCUGAACUGGGAGACUACGAGCCCGAGGAGCACGGGCCCGACUACGUCAGCGAGUUCCACUUUGCUCCCAACCAGACUCGAGAGCUGGAGGAGAGGGUGAUGGAGCUGCACCGCAACUACAGGGGUAUGAGUCCAGCCGAGGCAGAGGUGAACUUUCUAGAAAAUGCAAAGAAGCUCUCAAUGUAUGGAGUGGACCUACAUCACGCUAAGGAUUCAGAAGGGAUUGACAUAAUGCUCGGUGUGAGCGCCAACGGUCUGCUCAUCUAUCGAGACCGCCUCCGAAUCAAUCGAUUUGCCUGGCCCAAAAUCCUCAAGAUCUCCUACAAAAGAAGCAACUUCUACAUCAAGAUCCGCCCCGGAGAGUAUGAACAGUUUGAGAGCACCAUAGGCUUCAAGCUGCCCAACCACCGGGCCUCGAAGCGGUUGUGGAAGGUCUGCAUUGAGCACCACACCUUCUUCAGGCUGGUCUCCCCGGAGCCACCUCCCAAGGGCUUCCUGGUGAUUGGCUCCAAGUUCCGCUACAGCGGCCGGACCCAGGCCCAGACAAGACAGGCUAGCGCUCUGAUUGACAGGCCUGCGCCACAGUUUGAUCGGUCCGUUAGCAAGCGGUAUCUGCUGCCCAGAAGCAUUGAUGGAGCCUCAGCUCUGGGUGACAGCAUGGACCAGCUGUCCCAGCGCAGCUCCAGUGAACGCACACAGUUCAUGUCCAGGGAAGACCUGGACCAAGAGGGCAGCCUGGAUCUGGACCACGAUCAGUAUCACUACCACGACCAAGACCAGGACCAGUAUACAGAUCAUGAAAUGGAGCAGCAUGAGGGCCACGAUGAGAGGCAUACAGUGGGUGGCCGCAUCUCAACUCCCACCAGGACCUUGGAGCUCAAGGGUGAGGAGGCAGGCUCGCCCGUAGACUCAAAGCCAGAGGAUCUGGUCACCCUUCGGCCCAAACAGGAGCAGUUCUUGGAUAAGCCAGAAGACGUCAUUCAGAAGCACCAGGCGAGCAUCAACGAGCUCAAGAGGGCUUUGAGGCAACCUAACAGCAAGAUGGCGCAGCGGGAGAAACGCCUCUCCUCAACGACCCCUCCCGGAGGAACGCCUGAGCGGAAAUCAGCGACUGGUGAUGCCAAUUUGAUUGACAAGCAGCACUCUUAUGAAGGAACUUUGGACAAUUACUCUAAAAUGGAAAAGACUAAGACUUCUCCGAUGCCUAGGGAUGCGCUUGCGGUGACAGCGCGGACCAAGGCAAAUUGCCAAAUGCCCUGGGAGUCCUCGAGAACUAGACUAGGGGCAUCUCCAAAACAGGAAAGUGACAUCUCCAUGAUCCCUGCGCAUGAUGCAGUGGCAACUAAUGGGCAUCAUGAUUGUGUAUUAGAAAAUGGAUAUGGCUCUCCACCUGUCAAACAGACUGGUGAAAGCUGGCGCUAUCAGUAUGAGCGUCGAGAUAGACCCAAGAAUUUUGAAGCUCCAGAGGAUUCUUUCCCAAAGGACAACAGGGCCAGAUUUGAGACUGGAGCGAGACAUAUGGAGGCUUGGAAACUGAAAGACAAGAGCCCCAUGGGAGAGAAAGACUGCAACAAAAUUGGGACCUCGCACUCGGAAGUCACCAAAAUAGUUCCUCUCAAGCCACAGCGAUCCAAAAAGUCUUUGAAUAAAGACAACAAAGACGCUGUGAACCCUCUAACACAAAGCCAGUCUGACAAAGGCGUGGCUGGGAAUGCACCGAUGACAAAAUCAUCUGGUGAACCUACACUGUUGCAUCAGCAGCAACUACAUCAACAAAUUAAGAAUGAGUUGUUCGCACAGCAAGAGCUCCGAGACACAACGGGGCAAGGCCACUGGAUAAGAGGGGGCUUCCAACAUGAAGAUCAUUUUCAAAACGUCCCAGAGUUUACUUCCAAAUUUCCAACGGCUCCCCCUCGCACUCUCCCGCUGAAAACACAGUGGUCCUGUGACAGACAGAGCAACGUGGACAACAGCCACAUUCACCACAAGACGCCCAGCCAAGAGACAGCCAAGAGGAAGCAAGCGGAGACACCACCCACACCUGCAAUUCAUGAGGAGCCGCUCAACGAAGCUUCAGGGGAACCAUGGGAGAGGCGCCUGGGCUCCGUGUCAGAGGAUGACCAGGACCACGAGAUCCUGUACCCGAAGGAAACCCACCUGGGCAUCGAGCGCAAGUGUUCCAGCAUCACCGUCAGCUCCACGUCCAGCCUGGAGGCCGAAGUGGACUUCACCGUCCUCACAGACCUGCACACUGGCAUGGAGGAGUUCUCCAGGGGUAUGUCGGAGUUGGGAGAUAGGGAUCUGUCACCCGAUGUGGGUCUGUGCCUCGGCAUCGACUUGCUGCAGCAGCACGGCCCCUAUGAACCGCCUCCUCCUUUAGUGUCGGCUCCCCUGUCCAGAGGAGCCAGCAGCAGCCCCCCGGCUAAACACGUCCAGGCUGAAGAAGCCCGACCGGAGAUCAAACGGCCCGAUGUGCAGCCUGUAGUCCCUAAAAAACCAAAGAGGUCAGUGCCGGUGUCGUCCUCGGUGGACAGAGAUCCGUCUCACAGGGAGGCCGGCCGCGUCUCCAGCAUCCCACCGCUGAGCAGGGAGGCCAGCGACGUCAUGCCCACGCCGGCGGUGAGGAAGACAGACGUGAGGACGGAGACUCAGCCCAACGGGUCGGAGGUCACCACGACUAUCGUGGAGUUCACAGAUCAGGAUCACGGACUCACUGGCCUAAGUGAAGUCUCUUACUCCACGAGACAGAGUGUGUCCCCGGUGCACAAGGGCAGAGAGACAUCGGGGUCGCCUAUCCUCGUCACUGAAAAUGUUACCUCAGCAACCACUCAUGUCACAAAGACGGUGAAAGGAGGAUAUUCAGAGACCAGGAUCGAGAAGAGGAUUAUAAUCACGGGAGAUGACGAUGUGGACCAAGAACAGGCUCUGGCUAUAGCAAUACAGGAGGCCAAGCAGCAGCAUCCAGACAUGCAGGUGACAAAGGCAGUCGUUGUCAGGGAAACGGAAUCAUCCACCGAGGAUCGACAUGGUGCAUCGGAGGUACAGUCCUGAUUUUCCCUGAAACGAGAGUGCCCCCCUUUGGACCAGACGUGUCAGUGCACGACCUGAUAUUGCCGCCCACCAUCCCUACCGAUAAGACUACUGCCAGUGGCACUCUGAUGGAGCCAGUUGUAUGCUGAACCUUCCGAACUGUUUUUAUUUUUACUCAACGACAUCAUUCGCGCUCAGUGGAGCGGUUCCGUCAUUCGUCGUCUUUGAUUGGUCGAUAACACACGCCACCAAACAUCUGCAACAACUAAAGACAUAAUCCAGCUAAAUUCCCCUACAAAACCUCUCAGGUCUCUGCCUUCAAGUCCCUUGCUUAAGUAUUCCUCAAAGGGGGAAUUAAUGUAGUUCACUGUGGAAUAAUCCAAGGUCAUGAAUCACAAUGGUACCCAUCCUACGCUAAGAGUAUCAUUUGGGAAAUUAGGAAUACAAGAAAGCAUCUGAUUCCUGCUGUGUGUGCUGAAAAAAAACCCUAAUGCGUGUGGUUACACUUUGUUAAUGAGUAAAAUAAUCCUUUUACACAUAGCUCAUGUACCCCUAAUGCAUCCAGUGAUGCAGGGUUUAGUGAAAGCAGAGGAAAUUCUCUCCCUGAGCUGUGAGGACACACUCAUUAGAAAGGAUCAUGGUCCUGUGGAAGCGUUUUUUUUUUUUUUUUUUUUUUUGAGCUAGCUUGAUCGCUAUACCUCCCUCUGUCUCCCUCUUAGUGUGUUAAUUUUGUUCAAUUUGUUUCACCUCGGUGUGUGGGUGGCAAGUAUGCAAGGGCAUCUUUGUCUUAACACAGUGGCAGUAACGUUUCUGAGCAUGCCGAUGUUUCAGAACGAGCCCAGUCCCGCUCCUCUCCCAGACUUUAGAUAUGCUUUACGAGCUCGGCUGGAUAUAAUACCACUUUGUGUAGUAAGAAGAACGUAGGGCAGGCUUACACCCUCGUCUGAGUCUCCUGAGAACGAGCUGCCGCGUCACUAAAAGUAGUAUUUGAGAUAACGUUUGCAUGAUCAUAUCUUGCAUCGCUGGAUUGUAAUUGAGUGUAAUGAAUUUUAACUCAUAAGAAAAGACGGAUCAGAGAGAGAAACAGUGAAAAAUUACAAAAGAUUUAGAGGCUGAAUUAUUAACAAUCUGAAAGUCUGAACAUUUAAAAAGGGGAAAUUGAGCUUCCUGAAAGGAAAUGAAGUGUGCUCAUGAGAAAAUGUGGGAAACAUCAAGCGCACAAUCCGCUGACGACAGUUUGUUACAACCAACAAACACUUUGAUUUCCAGACACUGGUACAGCUCAGUAUAUCUCAACAUAUCAAUUGGUUUUGACCUAAUUUGCCAGUGAAGACGUUUAGAGUCGGCCUGUCAAGCCUACGCUCUGCUGUGAUGACAGAUGGCUGCUGUCUUUGAAGAUGCCUUGCUGAAAUGGUAUUAUGCACCAGAGCUACCCUAGUACUCUUUCGUGUAAGGUACAGUGUUAUAAAUGCAUAAAAUGUCCAGUAGGAGAAGCAUCUCUUAACUUUUAGCUGUGUGUGGUUUGGUUCACGAGCGUUAGAAAUAUGCCAUAGACAUGUAAUGUGCCAAUUAAGGUAGCAGUCAAAUUGUACAAACCUGGUUUUGUAAUGGAAUAUCUUUAUAUUAAUUAACCUACUUUUAAUUAUAAAAGUGCCGGAAAGUCAAAUUCAUAAACUUGGCAUGGCAAUGUUCCCUUUCAUUAUGGUGUCUUAAAAAAAAAAAAAAAAAAAAAAAUCCUAUUUUAUAUAUAAAAAAAUACAUGCAGCAGAAAAGCAUUAUCUGAUUAAUAAAAGCAACGUUAAAUUUAAAAAACAAACAAAAAAGCAGUCAUGUCAGGUUUAUGGUGGUAUCACUGAGGUAUAACUUUGGCUUUCGGACACUAAACUUUCCAGUCAAUGUUCACAUGUGUAGUGUAGCUCCUGUUGUGUUUCAGAUUUUGGUUCCAAAUCCUUUGAAGUGAAGAUUAGUCAUGGAUGUGAGUGUCACACUGGACGGUGUCAAGAAGAAGAAGAAGAAAAAAAAAAAACAAGAAUAAUAAUAAUAAUAAUGCAGCCAUGCAUCCCUCGUACUGUAUAUUUGGUGCUGUUUGUUGGAUUGUGAAGAUGUAAAGUAGUUAAUGGCCUGCGGGCUUGGUGUAAACCACCAAGGGGGCUUAAAAGAAGCGAGCUUUGCAACGAUGUCGAGUACACACAGCUGAAAUCCUCCUCCUCAUCCUAAAGGGGCAAAAUUAUCCAAAACUGGCUUUGAGGUCAAACUCACCUCCCUCUGCAAAGAACAGGCCUCCUCCCAGAAGUCUGACCAGUAACAAGCAGACUGUGAUUGAUCUCAGACACUGCGGCUGCGGCGGAGACACCUGGUGCCGAAGUCUGAUUGGACGUCCUCUGGCUGACCUUUAAACCUAACCCUGUUCUCUCUGUGCAGAGCUCUCCUCCUCCUCCUCCUCCUCCUCCUCCUCUGCUCUGCUGCGCUCCAUUGCUUGGUGCUGUGUCUUUGCUGUACAUCGUACUCGCAUUCCUUCCGAAAUGAAUAAAGAAGAGAGAAAAAAAAAGAAAACAAGAUGAGAAGGGAAUCCCUCUGUUUGAUCUCUGUAACACAUGUCUCAUGUCUGUCUCGUCAUCACGACUGGCGUGCGUGUACGUAUUCAUCCUGAAAGACGCUAAUCGAGUACAGCUGCUGUAUUUUUUAAUCGUGAAAUAAUAAUGAAGGUGAAUGGCUGUGUGUUCUUGGAGUUUGACGAGAAAAGGAAGGCAUUAGUGGAGAUAGCAUGACUUGUUUUUCUUGCUAUGGUGGAAAAAAAUUGGUUCCAUCAUUAUUACAUUUCACACUCACCUCUUCGGCUGUUUCCGAGCAGUAAAGGCAUCGUGCAGGUAAGAGAAUUGAGUCAGACAUACACGGGGAAAUGACUUCAGGGAGGACAAAGUUAUAUCAUGUGAGUGUGGUAUUGUUCAGAUGUGGGUUAGUGCAACUCACCCUGAGGAGUCACAGACUUCAGUUGUGUAAAUACAGCAUGUUGGAGUAAGUUAUUUCACUUUUUUUUUGUCUUGAAAACCUCUUUUUGACACCUUAAAUCUUUAUGUACAUAAACUUGUUAUCAAAGACAGAAAGAAAAUGAGGAAAAUGGCAUUAUGUUUAUUAAAAGCAGGUUGAUCCAUUCA